AUGAUUGACAGUGAUAACUACCACGGUAUCACCGGAAAACGAAAGAGAACUGAUCAAACUCCAAUUCAGUUCUUCGUUCGUUCUUUAUCCAAAACAGAAACCUUAGUUAUUCGAGGUUAUUCUAAUGACUCCAUAGAAAUAACUAAAAAUAAAAUCAGAAUGAUCACUGGUAUGCCCGAAGAUCACCAGCGACUAAUCUAUAACGGGAAACAACUCUCCUGUCAAUCGGAGACAUUGGCAUUUUACAACAUUCAGAAUGAUACAACUAUUCAUUUAGUUGGUAAAAUGCCAACAUAUCAUCUGCAGACAUGGAAAAUCACUACUGAGAUAAUUUCAAAAAUCUCCAUGAUUUUCAAUAGUGAUUAUGUUUGUCAUUCCUCGGAUUUGAAGGAUAUGACAAUGUUGAUGAAAGAGUUCACAUUUAUGAUUCUAAACAAAAAUGCUGAAGAAGCAUGUCACAACAUACAGUUCUUUAUUUCGUCGUCUGCUCCUGCAGAUUUGGUAAUACUCUAUAUGUCUCGGGAUAAUACUAAAAAAUCAAUUGCUGAUAAAUUUAUUCAUAGAUUCAUCAAUUCGAUGAUGAGUAUUGAUUUGCCUAAGAAGAGAUACAGUGGAUGUGCUCGAUUGAUAUUGGAGUUCUGUAAGCUACUGAGAAGAGUUGUUGGGCUUGAGGAUCCCUUGUAUAGAUUUUGUCGGAGUAUUAUAAUGGAUAUAGUAGAGGCCGUUGGAAUUGCAAGGUGCAAGAAGAAUGUUGCUGAUGAAUUGUUAGCAUUGAAUGAUGUUUUUAUGAUUGUUCGUGAGGUUGUAGUAGCUGAUUUAUCCCGUGAGUUAGAACUGAGUAUGGGAUCAAUUGAGUCUACGGGGUUAUCACUGAUAAGCAUUGUGCGUGAUUUCACUGAGUACAUGUGCUUAGUGAGGGCAUUGUUGCAACAACCUUUCGACUCUUUAAAUGGUGAAGCAGUGUAUAACAGAGAGUACAUUGAGAGCUUGCAUCGUAUUUUAUCUGACCUGCAUAUUAUGUUAUAUGAUUUGCUAGAUAAAAUAGAGCGGUGCUUAAGGAAAUUGGAAGAUCAGCUGAGAUCUAACAAUGAAGCUGGCAUGCUUAUCGUAUCGUGGUGGUCUCACUAUCUUGUAAUACUGAAAGAGUUAAGCAACAUUAAUUCUGAGUUGUUUAACAACUCGGAGGUCUUUUGGCAGAAGUUGAAUCAACAAAAAUUUUCACUGUGCUUUCUAAUCGCGAUGUUUGCAAACAGUUUUGAUGAUUAUCGGUGGAUCAUUGAGCACAAGGAGGUAACAAAUUUCGAAGUACGUAGACAUCUCACAAUGAUGAUGCUUGAAGAAGCUAGAUUCGGAAACAAGGAGAAGUCAUAUGAGAUGCUCAUCGAUAGGUCCGUGCUGUUGGAUGUAUCUUUUGAAUAUAUUGUAUAUCAGGAUCCUGCAUUGUUGCGAGGCGAUCUGUUAAUUCAAUUCAAACAUAAAGAAGCUACUGGGCCCGGAGUGUUGAGAGAGUGGUUUUUCUUGGUAUUUCGAGAGAUGUUCAAUCCUCACAAGGCCCUCUUUGUUGCUUGUCCAAAUGAUCGAAGAAGGUUUUUUCCAAAUUCAGCAUCUAAGGUGAUCCAUUACACCUCGAGUAUUUCACCUUCUGUGGUAGAAUGA